ACUAUAAACUUGAUGUAACUGUAUAUAAACUUUUAUUAGGUUGCGUGACGAUUCCUGGAGCUGGCGGAGGUACAUUUCUUGGCGGUUACUUAGUCAAGAAGUUUAAUCUUCGUUGUGCGGGUAUCAUCAAAAUGUGCAUCAUCUUCUCUUUCAUCUGUGUCGGGCUUGUCUUCAUAUUUAUUCUCCAUUGUCCAAAUGCGAAAUUUGCAGGUCUCAAUCAUUUUCUGCCUAAUAGUUCUGAGCCAUCUGGCAUUCCUCGUUUUAAAGGAACUUGCAAUGAUGCUUGUGAUUGCUCGCCAAGACAGUAUGAUCCAGUCUGUGGUACAGACAACAUCGUCUACUAUUCUCCUUGCUAUGCCGGAUGUAAAAGCACUUAUCAAAUAGGCAGUACAAAAAUAUAUGGGGAUUGUAGCUGCAUCAGACAUGAAGGUCAGAAUGCAACAGUAAAUGGUCAAAACGUUAUCAUUCAAGCUACCAGGGAAAAAUGUGUUAAUUAUUGCACAUACAUGCCUGUGUUUUUAUUACUCAUAUUUUUAUCCAUGCUUUUUACAUUCCUCGUCAGUAUGCCAUCCCUUUCCGGUACUUUAAGGUAAGGAAAUCAUAUACUGGUGCUCAAAACACUAGUAUAGAAUUUUCAUUAGCUCAGUGAACGUACUUUUCAUGCUCCUUCAGGGUUAGCGGUUAUUUAUUUGUAAUUU